AUGGAGCCCAAGUCCGAGACCCAAGAAAAGCCCGAGAUAGCCAAAGUCGAGGUAGAAGUGAGUGCUGCUGGCCAUGGCCAUGGUCACGGCCACGGCCACGCUCACACUCACCAUACCCAGAUUGGAGCAUCUCACCUUUACAAAGAGGAUGCAGAGGGCAAUGUCAUCGGGCGAGUACUGAUUCCUCGUCCUACAAACGAUCCAAAUGAUCCUUUGACCUGGGCUGCGUGGAGAAAACACAUUGCUUUCGGCACGGUGUGCUUCUACGUUUUGCUGUCCAACUUUGGCCUCUCCGCCAUGACUCCCGGUUUGACUUUGGUGAUUGAGGAUUUUGGCAUCACACCCACGCAGGCCAGCUAUCUGGUCACAUUGCAGAUUCUGGUUCUAGGAGUUGGGAACUUGUUCUGGAUUCCGCUCUCGCUCAAGAUUGGCAAAAGACCCGUCAUGGUCAUCUCCAGCGGACUCUUUUUCGUUGCCACAAUCUGGUCGGCUGUUUCCAAAUCCUACGGUUCUCUCCUCGGCUCGCGCAUCAUUUCGGGGUGGUGCGCCAGUGCUUCUGAAGCCAUGGGACCCGCCGUCGUCGCCGACCUGUACUUCCUGCACGAGCGAGCGACCCUAACGGGGACUUACACGUUCAUGAUCGGCGGCGGAAGCGCCCUGGGGGGCAUCUUCGGGGGCCUCGUGGUCAACGCCAAUUCCGACUGGCACUGGAUCUUCUGGAUGUGCGCCAUCCUCACCGGCGUGUGUUUCCUCUUGAUCGUGCUCUUCUGCGCCGAGACAAACUUCAUUCGCCCCGAGGACACCGAAGGCCUUGACAACGGCCAGCAGGAGCUCGUCACCGAAAUGAUCCGCACCAAAUACCACUUCGGACGGUCGUUGAAGCUGUGGGGUUGGUACGACCGCGAGACCAGCCUGUGGCUGUACUUCUGGCGCCCGCUGGCACUGCUGCCGUAUCCUGCCGUCUUCUGGGCAUCCGUCUGCUACGGCGUCACCUUGGGCUGGGUGGUGUUCCAACUGACGGCCAACGCGUUGUAUUUCCCCCAACUGUACCACUUUUCGGCUCUUGGGGUGGGCAAUCUCUACGCGGCGAAUGUCAUCGGUGCUCUCCUGGGCUGCAUCUACGCCGGCCCCUUCUGCGACUGGCUCAUCGCCAACAUCACCAAACGACACGGCGGCUACUUCAAGCCCGAAUACCGGCUCUACCUCAUGAUCAUGCCGUUCCUGCUCGGACCCCUAGGUCUCCUGCUGUGGGGCUUCGGGCUGCAGAACCAGCUGCACUGGUCCGUGGCCGCUGCCGGGUCGGGGAUCUCUUAUGCGGUGCUCUGUGCGGUGCCCAACAUCGGCAUGACUUAUGUGGUCGACAGCUACAGACCUGUCGCCGGCGAGGCCAUGACUUCGCUCACGGCAUUCAAAAACACCUUUGCCUUUGGCAUCAGCUUCGCCGUCUACCCCUGGCUAGCCAAGGAUGGCCCUGGAAAGGUUGCGGGCUACCAGACACUGAUUGAAGGGGUUCUUUUCGCCUUUACGAUUCCCUUGUUCGUCUAUGGUGAAAGGCUGCGUCGGUGGUCGAGCCAUUUCGAUGUCUGA